AAAAUGUCGAUAAGUCGGAGUGUCAAAGUGUGUUGCAUUUCCCGCCAAAAAUACCCAUGUGAAAUUCUCUAAAAAUCCUUAUUUUUGCGUGUGUUUUCUUUUCUAAAACUCGUGAAUUGUUCUCAAAAAUGGAACCGGAAGUCUCAGUGUCCAAGGGAUGUUUUGUUUACAAAAAUGGAUCAAUGCGGAAGAGAGGAAACCCUGGAAAGAAACGCCAAUCUAUAGGGAAGCAGGACUCAAUCCUGCCUCAAAAUAUCCAGUCAUGCAGUUGGUAUCGCAGCUACCAGGAAGUUUGGGAGAGGAUGCAUUCAAAAAUUGAGGAUAUUCUGAGGGAAAACCACUCAAGAGUGAUGGAUAGUGUACUUGAAUGUGUCUUGGGGACAAAUUCCUGUGCUUACAGCUAUCUCUUUCCGGUAAUUGUUCUUCAGACCGGAAUCAAUCAGCCGGAUCAUUUGAGUAUGUUUCGGCGUCUCUCUGAGAAGAUUUCCCAUCAGGAAGAUCUCCACUCAGUGGUACUGACCUCAAUGGAAGCCACCAAUGUCAAGACAGCCAUAGAAACUAUCGUAGGAGGAUUUAUCCGGCAAUUCUACGAAGAUGAUGAAGUUGAGAUCAAGAAGCAAAAUUGCACAAUGAGAAGUCUCUGUGGGGCUUACAGGGAAAACCGUGGGAUUCUGGCCAUUGUGAUUCCUGAUUUUGAGCUUUUCUGCAAGUCCACUCUCAGAGAAUUAGUCACCAUUCUGGCUUCCUAUCGUUCUCAAUUGUCCCUGGUUGUGAUUUUUGGCGUUGCAACUUCCAUUUCUGCUCUUGAACAGAUCCUCCCGCUCAAAUUUACCACUCGAGCAAAGUUCCACGUAUUCCAAACCCAAUCCUCCAUUGAGAUUCUCAAUAAUAUCGUCGAAAAGGUAAUUCUCCGGGAAGAGAUUCAUCUCUCCGGAAGAGUCCUUCAGUUCCUGAUUGAAAAAUUCCUUUUCUACGAUUUCUCCAUCAGUGGCUUUGUGCAGGGAGUGAAAUUUUGUUUGCUGGAGCACUUUUCCCAAGGUAGCUUGUAUACCCUUGCUGCAGGCCAAAAAGUUCGGGAAAUCCUCCGGAAUCAUGAAGAUUGCGAGAGUAUCCGGAAAUUGAUGUCUGUUAGGCGUCACAUUGAGUCUCUAUCCGACAGUCAGGAAAUCAUUUCUACCCUCACUGAUGACAAUUACCUGAGAAAUCUCCUGGAAAGUGUCUGGAUCAAACACAUCGAGGAGUUUUUCCUCUUUUUCCACACCGCUCUUUGCUUCCUGCACGAACUCGUGCGGGAAUUGCCCAAAAGUCCCUUAGGGAAGCAACUAAGAGAAGUCUAUUGUUUUGCCACAUCGAGCCCCAUCCUCCAGAGCCAAGAAUAUGCAGAAUGUCGACAAGUCCUGGGUGUAAUGUCCAAAGAAGCCUUCUUCUCAAAGCUCAGUGACUGUGUUGAGAAAGUUGAAGACUUUCUAGAACAGAAUCCUUCUACCCAAGUUCAGCAGAUCCAACAAAAAAUGCACAGGAUCUUGAAGCAAUCCAGCAAGAUUCUCCAGGAAGAUGGUGAACAGAAUGAACCAAUUAAAUCCAAGUUCGACCAGACCAAAAGCAUUUCCAAUCGCUUCGAAUUCAAGAAGAUGCUUCUGGAGAAGGCCAAGGAGCAAAAUCGACCAUCUGGACAAGCAGGAGUCAUUUCUGCCUGCCUCAAGAUGAUCGAAGAGGAGAUUUUGGCACAGUCGCUGAUUCCUUUCGCAAGUGGUCCGCCUCUUAUUGAACUCUUUGUCCAUCAGGACGCUUCAUCGACGCGCAGGCAUCUCAUGGGAUCUCCAAGAGGCGCUCUCCAUCAGGCCCUGAACAAUCCACAGUAUUACCUUCAGUGUGGAUGCUGCGACGGCAACUCUCUCAAUUGGCACCUCCCGGACCUCACCAUCGCCUACAGAUUGCACUCUGAGUGUGGUCGAAUGAUUAAUCUAUUCGAUUGGUUGCAAGCAUUCCAGUCCAUUGUCCAGCAGGUGGAUGGGCAGUCUGGGGAUGAGGAUGGUUGUGUCAGUCCGCAAGUGCAGGCGAGAUUCACGAGAGUUGUGUGCGAAUUGGAAUUUCUGGGAUUCAUCAGGAGCUCUAAGCGGAAAGUGGAUCAUGUGGAGAAGCUUACAUGGUGACUGAUUUAGCCAAUAAAAAGUUAGUCUUGUUUUUCUCA